AUGAGGAGGUUUCCUCAACAACAGGUGAACGAUUUCCAGCUCAACAAUUUUGCAGAAAAAAUUCCAAUUCACCUCCGCAACAGUAAGAAAUCAGUAGCUCCGUCUGCAGUGUUCAGCAGUGACCUUGGGCCUCAAGGUCUUCUACAGGAUGAAGAUGAGGCUGGGAGCCAUGGAGGCAGUGCCCAUGUUCAUGGCAUAACCAAACACCAUAAAAGCAUGACUUUUCUGCCAGGGGAUCGAGUUACAUUCACAGAGAAUCCUUUAGUCCCUGGCAUCCCCAUUGUUUACAGAACUCAAGAGGAGAGAGCAUCAAAUCCAGACAGACUCAAUUUGGACAGACGGAAGCUCACAGUGUGUCCAAUACUAGAGGGGGAGGAGCAACUUCGACUGCUGAACUACCAGCACAACUUCAUCACUCAAAUUCAACACCUAGCAUCAUUAAAACGACUGAUAUUCCUUGAUCUGUAUGACAACCAUGUUGAGGAAAUAUCUGGCUUAUCUUCACUGAAGUCUUUACGGGUACUUAUGCUUGGCAGAAACAGGAUAAAGAAAAUUCAAAAUGUGGAGGCUUUAGUGAAACUCGAUGUUCUUGAUCUCCAUGGAAACCAGAUUUCAAAAAUUGAGAAUUUGAGCCAUUUAUCGGAGCUGCGUGUCCUCAACCUUGCUGGAAAUCUAAUAACCCAUGUAGCUGAUGUCAGAGGGAUGUACUCACUAGCUGAACUCAAUCUGCGACGCAACAGAAUCCAAACUGUGACUGAGAUCAACACAUUACCAAACUUACAGAGACUUUUCCUCAGUUUUAAUGACAUUGCAAGUUUUGAGGAUAUUCAGUCUCUGGGAGAUUCAGUGAGUUUGUCCGAGAUCACCUUGGAUAGCAACCCCUUGUGUCAGGACUGUAACUACAGGCAGACAGUCCUGAGAUGCAUGCAGCAGCUCAAACAACUGGACAUGAAGAAUAUUAGUGAAGAAGAACGCAGAGUUGCUCUUGUAAUGGCACGGAAAGAAGAAGAAAAAAGAAGGGAGCUUAACAAAAUUGCUAUUUUAAAAGAGAAGAGACGCGUGGCCAUUAGCAAUGCCAGACGUCAAUGGGAGACAAUGCAGGUCUCAGUACCUCACAGCGGUCGCCUGUUGAAGAUGAACCAAGGGAUAACUGAACUCUAUGCCAACCACAUCGGCUCUGUUCCCAACACUGAACUGGUGUCUCCAUUUGCUGGUGAAGUGGAUAGCCUGGAACUUGAGUCCUUCACAAGUGACUUGAGAAGCAGACCUGACAGUGCUUACAGCACAGUCACAGACACUGAAAGUCCUGUUGAUGAUGGACCUAGAGAACGUGUGAAGAGUGCCAGUCGGAAGCGAGAAGCUAAAUAUCUUCAAAGGAACAAUGGAGGUGCAGGAGAUGCUGGUAUGAUAAGCAGUAGCACAAUUAUUGGUGACAGUUUGAACAUGCUGGAGCAGAUAGAAGGAGACACACUUUCUUUGUAUGGAUCUCAGUCUUUGGAAGCAUUCGACAGAAACUGGGGCAUCCAGGCAGCUGGUGUAGUCACUGUCAUUAUUUUUAAAUUUAUCGACUUUGAUGCCAUCGUUCGACAGCUGCCCAAAAUUCGAGUUAGAUUUCCAGCUACUCAGACGCUGAUCUUUUGUUCGACGAACAUUCACAGUCUACAGCAGAUCAAUGCAUUAGCUCUGGUACGGAGACUGGAUAACCUGACCAUUGACCUGGAUGGAAACCCAGUGACAAAGUUUACACUGUGGCGUUUGUAUGCCUUGUUUAGGCUAGCACAUUUUGCUCUCAAGAAGAUCAAUGAUAUUGAGGUGUCCUCUAGUGAUAUGGUCAGUGCUGAGAAGUUGUUUGGGCCUCUGUCACGUGUUGCUCAUACUCAGCUACCCCAGUACCGCCUGCUCUCACUCACUGGGGACAGCAAACGAAAACAGGCAUUUGUUGAAGGCAAGAAGCUGGUAGACAUGGGAAAAGCCAUGGCAGACAAAUCUCAGAUGGAAUGGAUUGGGAGGGCUAGUCUAGGCUACAUGCCAACAGAAUCAAAACAU